UUUACGAUUAAUAAAGAUGGAACUUGUGAAGUCAGCACAGCGACUCCAAUUGCAUUUGAUUCCUGGAAAAAAGUUAUGUCCCACAUGCCGCAAAACACUAUCAGCCAUUGAGGCAAGUCGGAAUGAUAGCACAGAGGAAGACUCCAGUGACGAAAUGCUAUUUGUGGAAGAAUCUGUUUCGCGUGAUGAAGAUAGGGAUCAGUUGUAGGAUUUGUUUUCCUCCAUUGGAGUGUCCCCAAUAAAAGUACAUGGGAAGCCGGAAACAGCCAGAAUUAGCAGCAGCAAAAGGAAGAUCGGUAGUGUUGUAGAAACCAUUACAAAGAAGGUUGCGAGUUCGAUCAAUGUUCCUGUUGAACAACUUAAAUCCUCCCCGGAUGCAAAAAGCGACAAAGCUCUUUCAGAAAAUGCAAGAUGUUUUGAUGAAAUGAUGAGUCGUCUUCGUGAAAAGAUCUUUUCCUUGACAUCAUCGAGGGCAAAACUUCAAAUCUUGACCUUGUGUCCAUCAAACUGGACAGUCAAACAGUGUGCUGAAUAUUUUAAAGUUUCAGAGUAUCUUGUACGUACUGCUCGAAAACUUGCAAAUGAAAAAGGCAUUCUGUCACUUCCAGACCCCAAAAUGGGUAGAGGGCUCUCCCAAGUUACUAGAGAUUUGGUACUCCAAUUUUACCAUGACGAAGAGCACACCAGGGAAAUGUCAAAAGAUUUUGUAAGCAUUGGUCGCAAUAUACAUAAACAAAAGCGACUUAUUCUUUGUAACUUAAAGGAACUAUUUAGCUCUUUAAGGGAAAAGUUCCCAGAAGUAAAGAUAGGGUUUUCGAAAUUUUGUUCUCUGAGACCCAAGUGGUGCAUUUUGCCAGGUGCUGCUGGAACACAUUCAGUAUGUGUUUGUAUCAUACAUCAAAAUGCCAAGCUACUUCUUUCUCCUAUUGGGGCUAAUUACAAAGAAUUAACAAAGUUUCUGGUUUGUGACAUUGAUAACAAAGAGUGCAUGGUACAACAUUGUCCAAAUUGUCCAAAGUCAACAGAAAUUUUCCAGCAUAAGUUGUACGAAAUUUUAGAAAAUGAGGGAUAUGCUGAGGAUGACACCAUUGAAUUUCAGCAGUGGACAAAUACUGACCGUGCAACAAUGGUAAGACAAACAGAGUAUGUAUACAAUUAUGUGGACAUUGUUGAGACCCAACUUCAGAAGCUCACUUCUCAUUCAUUUAUCGCCAAGGCUCAGAGCAGAUAUCUGAAGUCCAGAAAAGCUGAUAUGGAUUCUUCCACUGCAUUAAUACUAGGUGAUUUUGCCGAAAAUUAUAAGUUUAUGGUGCAAGAUGAAGUUCAGGGCUUUCACUGGAAUAACUGUUCAUGCACUCUUCAUCCUGUUGUGGUAUACUACAAGGAAGGCUCUGAAUUACAGCAUAUGUCCUUUUGUAUCAUCACAGAUGACUUGAGCCAUGAUGUUCCAACUGUCUAUGAAGUCCAAAGGGCAGUUCUGAAUUUUAUAAAAAGGAAAAUUGUUCACCUAACCAGUGUCGAAUAUUUCUCAGACAGGUGCAGUGGGCAAUACAAAAACAGAAAAAACUUUCUGAAUCUUUGCUACCAGGAGCAAGAUCACUCUUUGAAAGCAUCAUGGACCUUCUUUGCCACCAGUCAUGGGAAGCAGCCAUGUGAUGGCAUUGGAGGGACGGUAAAGAGGCUUGUUUCUAGGGAAAGUUUAAAGAGAGUUUUUGACAAGCAAAUUCUCUCUACAUCAGCAAUGUUCUCCUAUUGCAAGGAGAACAUAAAGGAAAUUAUUUUUUUCUUUAUAACAAAAGAGCAAAUAAGUGUGACAAGAAAUGCCCUUAACAAAAGAUUUGAAGGAACUGUCCCUGUUCCGGGAACAAGAAGCUUCCACCAAUUUUACCAUAUUGGUGGCACAAAAUUAGCCGUAAAGAGAUGCAGUGAAGACCAGACCUACGUUCUACAACAUGAUGUUUUGGGUCAAACAAAUAUCGCAAUGCUUGACUUUGAAAUAUUUCAAUAUGUUGCAUGUAUGUAUGAAGGGAAAUGGUAUGUUGGAAUUGUAAUGGAAGUAAAUCAAGAACUGAAUGACAUUUAUGUUAAAUUUAUGCACCCAAGUGGGCCAGCAAGGUCCUUCAAUUGGCCCAAUGUUGAAGAUUGUAACUGGAUUCCAAUGGUACAUGUUCUCUGCAAGAUUGGUGUUCCAACAACAGUGAAUGGAAGACAGUACAAUUUAGAAAAGAAAGAUGUUUCAAACAUAGCUAAACUUUUUACUACUUUUCAGAAUUAA